AUGUUGAAUCCUUUAGCUCAUGAUUUUACACCCAUAUCAGCCUUUUCACCCGAGGCUCCUUCACAAGAACAGCCAAAGACUCCACCACCUCCUAAGCGGAAAGAGGAGCAAUCUAAAAAGAAGCAAACAAAACCAAAGGCAACGACGACUACCAACACAUUAUCCACAUCCACAUCCACAUCCACAUCUGCGGUAAAAGGCAAAAAGAAAGAUACGCAGGCGAACUCCAAAAAGCAGCAGCAACAACAUCGUGAUUCCAAGAAUAAGCAUCGCAGCGCUAAAACAACACAUGACAUACCAAACCAUGUUAAUACCACUACUACUGCGCCAUCUGAUCUAUUUGCAAAGGAAUCUAAAUUUAUAACCAUCGAGGCAGCCAUUGAUCCUAUCCGACGUAUCAAGGAAACAGCACACGCCAACAGUCUACAGCAUCAUAGACAAUCUAUCAACAAUGAUAAAUACCAGGUUGAGCAUGGAUAUGAACAGUACAUAGACUGGAUCGAUAGAUCACUACGGCUGUUUGACACUGUGACCUUGGUUGGCAUGGGUAAUGCAGUAGUAGAUAUUGUUUCCUUGGUAACCAUUUUACAGGAUCGAAGAAUAGGGGUGCAUGAUGGUAAUUUGUCAUCUUGA